AUGAAGUUCAGUUCUUCAUUGAAAUUCAACGCCGUAUCGGAGUGGUGGGACGAAUAUAUCGCUUACGAGGCUUUGAAGAAGUGCAUCUAUCAAAUAGAGAAAAAACAGAUCGGCCACGAUCACCUCCCAACCCGCGACAUAGAGUCGAACGAAUACAGUUCUUUGUUAGGCCAGCAGGAUGUCACCAACACCGACAGUCUUUUCAUUCCGUUGUUGGACCAGGAGCUGAGAAAGGUCGUAUCGUUCUAUGAGAACCAGGAGGCUGAGCUGUUCGACGAGCUCAGGGACUUGGAGGAUGCCGUUGCCCACCAGGAGGAAGUGGGUUUGGAGGCAGGGGAGCGUUAUUUGGACCAUGACACUGAGGAGGAGGAUGACGAUAGCAUCGCGUCCCCCACGAUCCCCGACACUCCGCUGGCGCAAUCCCGUUUUCGAAAGUCCCUCUCAGCAAGUCGCACCCGUCGACGUGGUGCGUUUGAUUUGCCUAUCAUCUGUCAUCAAUGUGUUUCCAACGCCAGGUGGCAGCGGCACCUCUCCAAUUCUCCGUCGACAAAUUUCACUUCUUCAGCUCAUGAAGACGGUACCAUCUGGACUGCGAGAAGUGAUUAUGCUUACGACACGCGACUUCUUUUCAAGCGCAAGAUCACCACUACCUACAUCUCCUUCACUAGACUCAAGUCCUAUGUCGAGGUCAAUUACUCUGGCUUCCGCAAAAUCUUGAAAAAGUACGAUAAAGUCACUGAUUCAGAUCUCAAAGACAAGUACCUGCAUGACGCAGUCGAGACUGCGCUACCAUUUACUCAAGCAUCUAAAGACCACCUAAACGACGCUAUCAAUCGAUUAGUCGAGCUCUACGCCAAAUGUGUUACCCAGGGGGACAGAUCCACAGCUAGGGAGCAACUGCGUCUGCAUCAACGCGAGAACAUUGCCUGGGAACGCGACACUGUGUGGAGGCAGAUGAUCGGUCGCGAGAGGAGGGGUGAGGGCGAUCCGACGAUACCACCUGGUGCAACACUCAUUCAGGAGCCUGAGCCUUCGUUGGUAGACAUCCCGACUCCUGUUGGCAAGUUCAAGCUCAAGAAAAGGCACAUAUUUAUGGCCGUUGCUGUCGCUGUCUUCACCCUGCUCUUGAACAUUCAGACCGUGGAAGGCGUCGAAGCUAAUCGAUGCUUUGCGGUCCUUGUUUUCUGCACUAUUCUUUGGGCUACGGAGGCCAUCCCAUUAUUUGUCACGUCCAUGUGUGUUCCUUUGCUUUUAGUUCUUCUUAGAGUCAUCCGCGACGAAGAUGGUGUUCAGUUAUCGACGCCUGCUGCUACGAAAUAUGUUUUUUCCAUCAUGUUCUCACCAACGAUCAUGCUCCUAAUCGGAGGCUUUACCAUUUCAUCCGCCCUGAGCAAGACCAAUAUCGACCGAGUGCUGAUCACUCGCGUUCUCGCACUGGCCGGUACACGCCCCAGCACCGUUCUGCUUGCAUUCAUGGGCGUGUCGUGUUUCGCUAGCAUGUGGAUCAGCAAUGUUGCUGCCCCCACGCUGUGCUUCACCCUGAUACGGCCCAUCUUGCGGACACUUCCACCCAAGUCGGCGUUCGGACCGUGCCUGAUCUUGGCAAUCGCAUUAGCCGCAAACAUCGGUGGGCAGAGCUCGCCGAUAUCAUCACCGCAAAAUAUCAUUGCGCUGCAGGCGAUGGACCCAUCGCUCGACUGGGCGAAGUGGUUUGCUGUGGCUCUGCCCGUUUCGGCUGUAUCGAUCAUCCUCAUUUGGUGGCUGCUGCUGUGGUCGUAUCAGCCUGCUCGCUCGCCGGAUGGUGAAGGUGAUAUUGAGAUCAAGGCUAUUCGACCAACCAAGGAAGCGUUCACGAUCAAGCAGUGCUGGGUCACCUUUGUCUGUUUGUUGACUAUCGGCUUGUGGUGCGUCGAACAUCAGAUUGAGGCGUUCGUUGGCGAUAUGGGUGUUAUUGCCCUCAUCCCGAUCAUAGCUUUUUUCUCCACGGGUGUCCUGAAAAAGGAUGACUUUGAUUCAUUUAUGUGGACGAUUGUAUUCCUUGCUAUGGGUGGUAUCGCCUUGGGUAAGGGAGUCAUGUCUAGUGGCCUGCUACAAACUAUGGACAUGCUCAUCCGGGAUCUGGUGCACGGCUACUCGUUAUAUCAUGUCGUCCUGAUUCUCUCGCCCGUGGUUUUGGUCAUCUCAACGUUUAUCAGUCACACGAUAGCCAGCGUUCUCCUCGUCCCCAUUGCCAAGGAAGUAGGUUCAAAGCUUCCGGGAAAUCAUCAAAACCUCCUUAUUUUUAUCACCGCCUUGAUCUGUUCGGCGGGGAUGGGCAUGCCUGUUUCUGGAUUCCCUAACCAGACUGCCGCUACUCAAGAGGACGAACUCGGCGAGCUAUAUUUAUCAAAUGUCGACUUCUUGAAGAAUGGAGUUCCAGCAAGUAUCAUUGCGACGAUCAUUGUCGCAACCAUUGGCUUCCUGCUCAUGACGGCUAUUGGCCUAUGAUAUCAUAAUCAUCUAAGUCCUUGUAUCCAUUGCUCGCAUUUAUACAUCUAGCAUAUUGAAAUCAAUCGGGGGAUCUUGCCCUGUGUUAUCCUGC